CGUCAUGUCCAUGUGCACGGUGCUCCUGUUUCCCAGGGGAGCUGAGGUCUCACUCAUCCCCUCCCACCAUUGCUGAGGAUAUCCACUCUGCACGGACGCUUCACCAGCAAGUCAUUUGGACUUUGAAAGUGCGGCAAGACCCCGAUGCAUUGGUUGGACCGUAAAGUCUGCGCAAUUUUCAUUUUUGUUAAACGAAACUGCUGAUGUAUCUGGAAAAAAACAGAGCAGACUGAAGUCUCUGGUGGAGGGACACCAUCGACUGACAGCAUGCUUGCGGUACAAUUCCAGAUUCCUGACUUAACAGAAGAUUUAAUCAACUCCUCACACGGAAGUGCUGACUUUGACUUAAGGGUCCUUGCAGAAUUCUCUGGACAGAUGAUUGCCAGACAAGAAAUGAACUCAUCCAAACAUUGUAUGGAACAAUGUAGCGACUAUGAAGAUUUUACAGAUGCCAGUAAACUCUGCACUUAUUGCAAAGGAGACAGGUUUGGCCAGUAUUCAGAUAUUGACACAAUUUUGGAACACAACACAAUCCUUGACAAAGCUUUAAGGUUAAAUCGGCAAAUAGAAGGAAGUGCUAAACUUUGUGAAUGUUCUAAACCCUCUGUAACCUCUGAGCAGUGUGUUAAUCACAGUUUAGCUCGGAAUGACAGUUCUUGCCGCGAACACUGCACACAACAACAACCUGAGCCCACAGAUUUCCCAUCUGGAUCUUUGGAUUUAGUGGUAGGUAAAUCCGAUGUGAGGUGUGACGGUUUUAAGCAGGAUGAAACCAUUAAUUGUAGGUCUGACAACACUGAGCACAUGGCGUUGUCACAACAAUACAAGCCCUCUGGUAUGCGGUUGAAGUUCCUUGAGUCUUUGCCAGACUCAUCAACUGAGGAUGAUGAGAAAUACGAGACGGCCGGUUUCGCGCCUAACACUUUGGAGUCAGUGGAUGAUUCGGACCGUGGUGCUGAAAUUUGUAAGUGUGAUGACAUACAAAAUCGUAGUAUCACAGAGGACGAUGUUGAGAGCUAUUCAACAGAUGGUUUCCAAGAUGAGGAUAAUAGCAAAGAGAGGCGUACUUUAUCAGAAUAUGUCAACUGUUUGCACUUACAAAAAGCACAGAUGAAAGUUUAUUAUGACGAAAGGGAGGGACAUGUGGACACUGACAGAACUUUUGAGUGGACUAGUCAGGCAGACGUGCCCAAAGAUCACUAUGAUCUAAGGGGAUAUGAGGACUCCAACCAAGAAUAUGAAACAAGCUGUAGGACAUCAGAGCGGAACCACUCAGACAAAAACUUCAAAGGGUUUUUUGUCGAAGAAGAUAGCUCCUCUGACUGCUCAUCAUCUGAAAGUAAAUCAUUCAAGACUUGCCCUGAGGACUUUGAAAACUCCCUGGAUUCAUCGGGGGAAUCCGAAAAAGCCCAGGAAGAUUCAAGCGACGAACAGACCCAGUGGGAGUCCUUUGAGGAAGAUGACGACAUAGCACAGGGAAAUGUGCGACGGUUUAUGAAUAACGAAAACAAAACCUCCACUUUUGAUUUUGUUGUCGAAGACUACUUUGAUUUUUUUGACAUGGGGGACGAUCGCCGCCCCGCUUUUACCCAACGGCAUUACAUCUCUUGCUUCGACGGCGGAGAUAUCCAUGAGCGCCUGCGUGAGGAACAACUAAAAGAACACAAACACACGCCGAAGACGUUUAACGUGGAAGAAAUCAAUUCACGAGUGACUAAUAUGUGCUUUUGUUUUUCUGACAAGGCAUGCGAUGAUAUGUAUGGUUGUCUGAGAAGGGACACCAAAUGCAGGUUUUGCGAGUCAGAGCCCCGAGGUAAAGAACAGAAAACAAAACUUGAUGAUGAUCUUUACAAUGGGAAUCAUGUGAAUAAGGACAUAACUUCUGAUGCCAUACCAUGUGAGUCUGCAACACUAAAUGCAUCUGAGAUCUGCCCGACCCCCAAGGAUGAAAACCAUGCAUGUGUGGACGGGGUUGAAGAAUACUAUGUCUAUCAGAUUCAAAGAAUUCAGACAUCACCAAAACAAUCCCUAAAUGAAGAGAAAACCAAUACAAGAUCAUCACAGAGUGAAGAUCCAUUGGUUUCAUCCCGGAACGAGUGUGUUGAAGUCCAAACCACCUGCCCCGCAAGAGAACAACGCCAAGACGCAAAUGGAAAUUCUGCGUCCAAUGAAAUUCCUAAAGAAGUGAGAGCAGAUAUUAUUCACAGUGUGGUGUCAGAAGAUCACAAAAUUGAGGAAGGAGACACUUGGACCGAGGACUCAGAUGAGGAAAACAGUGAUAACGACUACUAUGAACUCUGUGAAUGCGAGUACUGCAUACCACCGACAAAACAGAUAUCAACAAAACCACUGCUCCCACAGAUGAAAUCCAAUGAUACAGGGAAGAUAUGCGUAGUCAUUGAUUUGGAUGAAACCUUAGUGCACAGCUCAUUUACGCCAGUAAACAAUGCAGAUUUCAUCACUCCAAUUGACAUUGAUGGAGAGGUUCACCAGGUGUAUGUGUCGAAGAGACCCCAUGUUGAUGAAUUCCUCAAGCGGAUGGGGGAGAUGUUCGAAUGCGUUUUAUUCACCGCAAGCCUCUCAAAGUACGCGGACCCCGUGUCGGACAUCCUGGAUAGAUGCGGCGCUUUCCGGAGCCGUCUCUUCAGGGAGGCCUGCGUCUUUCACAAAGGGAACUAUGUCAAAGACCUGAGUCACUUAGGGAGAGACCUCAACAAAGUCAUCAUCAUCGACAAUUCCCCGGCCUCCUACGUCUUCCACCCGGACAACGCGGUUCCGGUGGGCUCCUGGUUUGAUGACACGUCAGAUAGCGAGCUCCUUGACCUCAUCCCCUUCUUCGAAAGACUAAGCAGCGCCGACGACAUUUACGAUCUUCUCAAGGAACAGAAAGCUCUCGGAUGAAAGAGGAAUCGUGUGCAAGUUUUAACGCCGUGUCAUUUGAGUGACAUGGAAAGUUGAACAAGAAUUUGUUUGCCUGCAACUUGCACCGGAGCGUGCGUAUCUCAAGUUCUCUUUUCCGAGAAACUGGGAAUCGAGUACAGACACGAGCCGAGAAAGCCCGAGGCAAGAUGGUUAUGCACCGGAAAUUCCGGACUAUAAGCCGCUACUUUAUUCCUACACUUUGCAGACCGCGGCUUACAAAAAUGGCGCAGCUGAUUUAUGGACUUUUCUCCACUGAAAGGCCACAAUUCAAAUAGUUAAAAAAAAAAUUAAACAAGCUUCAUCGUUUCUACUGGUACGGAUUCUUUAUUCAUAUCUCCAAGCAAUGUUUGUAAGUUUUACAAUAUAACUAAAACAAUUCAUAUUCACUAAAACGUCCCAUUUGUGAUGUCUGUCUCUCUUCUAAGAAACUGGAAAUUGAGUACGAACACGGACCGAGAAAGCCCGAGGCGAGAUGGUUGCAUACCGGAAAUUUUGGAUUAUAAGCUACAACUUUAUUCCUACGCUUUGUACACUGCCGCCUACAAAACGGCGUGGCCGAUUUAUGGAUUGUUCUUGACCGAAAGACCACAAUACAAAUAGUUUAAAAAAUGUAAACGAUCAAAGACAGGAGUGUUAUUUCAUUUGAAACGAGUUUUCUAUUGCAGAUGCUAAACUACCUUUCUGGUUAGACUGAACUUUCAACCGGAAGUAGAAGUGCCAUUCCUUCUUUUAGUCAUCCACACUAUAGCUUCAUCGUUUCUAUUGGUUCGUAUUCUUCACUUAAAACUCCAAGAAAUGUUUAAGUUUUCCAAUAUAACUAAAACAAUUCAUACUUACUAAACCAUCACACGUGUGAUGUCUGUCUCUUUUCGAAGAAACUGGGAAUCGAGUACAAACACGGACCGAGAAAGCCCGAGGCGAGAUGGUUGCGUACCGGAAAUUUCGGACUAUAAGCUGCUACUUUAUUCCUACGCUUUGUACACCGCGGCUUACAAAACGGCGUGGCCGAUUUAUGGAUUGUUCUUGACCGAAAGACCACAAUGCAAAUAGUUUAAAACAUUUAAACGAUCAAAGACAGGAGUGUUAUUUCAUUUGAUCUAUUGCAGAUGCUAAACUACCUUUCUGGUUAGACUGAACUUUCAACCGGAAGUAGAAGUGCCAUUCCCUCUUUUAGUCAUCCACACUAUAGCUUCAUCGUUUCUACUGGUUCGGGUUCUUCACUUAUAACUCCAAGCAAUGCUUGUAAGUUUUAAAAUAUAACUAAAACAAUUCAUACUUACUGAACCAUCACAUAUGUGAGGUCUGUCUCUUUUCGAAGAAACUGGGAAUCGAGUAUAAACACGGACCGAGAAAGCCCGAAACUGGAUAUUGAGUACAAACACGGACCGAGAAAGCCCGAGGCGAGAUGGUUGCGUACCGGAAAUUUCGGACUAUAAGCUGCUACUUUAUUCCUACGCUUUGUACACUGCCGCCUACAAAACGGCGUGGCCGAUUUAUGGAUUGUUCUUGACCGAAAGACCACAAUACAAAUAGUUUAAAAAAUGUAAACGAUCAAAGACAGGAGUGUUAUUUCAUUUAAAACAAGUUUUCUAUUGCAGAUGCUAAACUACCUUUCUGGUUAAACUGAACUUUCAACCGGAAGUAGAAGUGCCAUUCCUUCUUUUAGUCAUCCACACUAUAGCUUCAUAGUUUCUACUGGUUCGGGUUCUUCACUUAUAACUCCAAGCAAUGCUUGUAAGUUUUACAAUAUAACUAAAACAAUUCAUACUUACUAAACCAUCACACGUGUGAUGUCUGUCUCUUUUCGAAGAAACUGGGAAUCGAGUACAAACACGGACCGAGAAAGCCCGAGGCGAGAUGGUUGCGUACCGGAAAUUUCGGACUAUAAGCUGCUACUUUAUUCCUACGCUUUGUACACCGCGGCUUACAAAACGGCGUGGCCGAUUUAUGGAUUGUUCUUGACCGAAAGACCACAAUGCAAAUAGUUUAAAACAUUUAAACGAUCAAAGACAGGAGUGUUAUUUCAUUUGAUCUAUUGCAGAUGCUAAACUACCUUUCUGGUUAGACUGAACUUUCAACCGGAAGUAGAAGUGCCAUUCCCUCUUUUAGUCAUCCACACUAUAGCUUCAUCGUUUCUACUGGUUCGGGUUCUUCACUUAUAACUCCAAGCAAUGCUUGUAAGUUUUAAAAUAUAACUAAAACAAUUCAUACUUACUGAACCAUCACAUAUGUGAUUUCUGUCUCUUUUCGAAGGAACUGGGAAUCGAGUACAAACACGGACCGAGAAAGCCCGAGGCAAGAUGGUUACGUACCGGAAAUUCCACACUAUAAGCCGCAACUUUAUUCCUACGCGUCACACACCGUGGCUUACAAAAAUGGCACGGCUGAUUUACGGAUUUUUCUCCACUGAAAGGCCAAAAUUCAAAUAGUUUUAAAAAAAUCAAAGAAGCUUCAUAGUUUCUACUGGUACGGAUUCUUGACUUAUAACUCCAAGCAAUGUUUGUGAGUUUUACAAUAUAACUAAAACAAUUCAUACUUACUUAACCGUCACAUGUGUGAUGUCUGUCUCUUUUCGAAGAAACUGGGAAUCGAGUACAAACAUGGACCGAGAAAGUCUGAGGCAAUAUGUUACAUACACAGAAUUCCGGACUAUAAGCUGCUACUUUAUUCCUACGCUUUGUACACUGCCGCCUACAAAACGGCGUGGCAGAUUUAUGGAUUGUUCUGCACCGAAAGACCACAAUACAAAUAGUUUAAAAAAUGUAAACGAUCAAAGACAGGAGUGUUAUUUCAUUUAAAACGAGUUUUCUAUUGCAGAUGCUAAACUACCUUUCUGGUUAGACUGAACUUUCAACCGGAAGUAGAAGUGCCAUUCCUUUUUUUAGUCAUCCACACUAUAGCUUCAUCGUUUCUACUGGUUCGGGUUCUUCACUUAUAACUCCAAGCAAUGCUUGUAAGUUUUACAAUAUAACUAAAACAAUUCACACUUACUGAACCUUCACAUAUGUGAGGUCUGUCUCUUUUCGAAGAAACUGGGAAUCGAGUACAAACACGGACCGAGAAAGCCCGAGGCAAGAUGGUUGCGUACCGGAAAUUUCGGACUAUAAGCUGCUACUUCAUUCCUACGCUUUGUACACUGCCGCCUACAAAACGGCGUGGCCGAUUUAUGGAUUGUUCUUGACCGAAAGACCACAAUGCAAAUAGUUUAAAACAUUUAAACGAUCAAAGACAGGAGUGUUAUUUCAUUUAAAACAAGUUUUCUAUUGCAAAUGCUAAACUACCUUUCUGGUUAGACUGAACUUUCAACCGGAAGUAGAAGUGCCAUUCCUUCUUCUAGUCAUCCACACUAUAGCUUCAUCGUUUCUACUGGUUCGGGUUCUUCACUUAUAACUCCAAGCAAUGCUUGUAAGUUUUACAAUAUAACUAAAACAAUUCACACUUACUGAACCUUCACAUAUGUGAGGUCUGUCUCUUUUCGAAGAAACUGGGAAUCGAGUACAAACACGGACCGAGAAAGACCGAGGCAAGAUGUUACGUAGCGGAAAUUCUCGACUAUGAGCCGCUACUUUAUUCCUACGCUGCCCUUCUGUUUAGACUGAACUUUCAACCGGAGGUAGAAGUGCCAUUCCCUCUUCUAGUCAUCUACACUAUAUUUUCUUGUAAUCAGACCAUAUUUACGGUAUAUUAGAUGGAAAUUUUACCUGACUUGACGGGUCUGCCUGGUUAACUUGAGCGAGGAUGAAAGAUUUCUGGAUGAGGAAAAUGAGAGUGAAGGGUUAGAAAAAAAGAAAAAGACUAGAGGGCAGUGGGAGCAAUUCAGAUGUUAUUAGACUAUUUUACUAGGAUAAUUCUGGAAAAAUCCAUUAUCUGCUUAUUGUGUUACUAGUGUUUUAGUGAGAUUAUAUGGUCGUACCUGUACAACCUGAAGGUAGGCCCCGUAACUUUCUUCAGGUGGUGGCGAUGCCCAUCUCUGCCCUUCGCAAGGGACCCUCUUCGAAACACGAUCUUUCGAUAUGAUCGCUGCAUAAUACACUGUAUUUUGUGUGUGUGGUCCAGUCCAACCGUGUUCGCUUGACCGCUCUGUUCCAUAGUAAAGCUUGACUGUCAUCUUUCCGGAAUGUAAACAAUGAAACACCGCCUGUGUUUGUGUUGCUAAAGCCGGCCGCAAUGCACCGCUUCCCACCUACAGCUUUCUUCUUUGAUGUCUCCAUUGUUCAUUGAACAAAUUGCAAAAGAUUCAGCAACACAGAUGUCUAGAAUGAUGUGGAAUUUCGCGAUGAAAACAGACAAGCUAAUAGCUGGGAACAUCAUACCGAGACGUUUCAGCCGGAUAUUUCGGCGCGAAAUGUACAAUUGCAAUUUAGUAAACUGAAAAGGCCGUAUUGGCAUGUGUUACAAUGUUAAUAUUUCAUCAUUGAUAUAUAAACUAUCAGACUGCGUGGUUGGUAGUAGUGGGUUUCAGUAGGCCUCUUAACAAAACAAAUAAAAAAAACAAAGAACUUAAACAAUGAAUGAGCUAAACAAGAUAGUGAAAAAGCAAUACGGUAGAAGGAGUCGAAAAUAAAAAAAAUAAAUUACAAAAUUAAAAUAAUAAAAAUAAAAGUUUGACACAUUAAAAAAAAAAAAAAAGAACGUCACUUUUUGCUACCAAUCUGAUACAAAAACCAGAUUGAAAAAAUGUAUUGUCAUUUUUUUGUAACUCAUUUAUGUUUGCUCGGGGUCAAGUGGGAUACUGACAGGUAUUGCAGAUGGUAAAAAUAAAAGUGAAAAAUGUAUGCGGCUCUUGACGGAGUUAUUGCAAUGCUUUAUAGCAGUGGUCCCCAACCACCGGGCCGCAGAAGAAUUUUUUAUAUAAAAAAAAUAAUAAUAAAAUGUUUUUCUUUUUUCUUUUAUUAAAUCAACAUAAAAAACAAAAUAUACACUUACAAUUCGUGCAAAAACCACAAAAACCUCCCUUUUUCAUGACAAAAACGUCCCUUUUUUAUGACAAAGAAGGACACCACCCGGGCCGCGGGAAAAAUUAUUAAGCGUUGACCGGUCCGCGGAUACAAAAAGAUUGGGGACCACUGCUUUAUAGUGCAAAAACUUUAAAAAAAUAUGUAUUUUUGGAGCAGUUUGCGGUGUGGCAGUAGUUUAUUUUUGUGACAAUGAAGUGUAUGUAAGAACUCGUUUGUGCAUGUGGCUUUUAAUACAAGCUGUAAAAUAACUCCCAGCUGUUUGAAUAAAAUCUUUGUAAUUUGACAUUC